AUGCCGCCGCAAAGCGCCACAGGCCAGGCAAAAACGUCGUGCUCUCGAUGCCAUAAGAGGAAGAAGAGGUGCGAUCGGGGCUUACCACAAUGCGAGAACUGUCGGCGAGCCUUUAUCGCCUGCAGCUUCUUGAACGAUGAUCGGAAUACUGCCUCGUAUCCUAUAGCCUAUGUGCGCGAACUUGAGAAUCGAGUCCAGGACCUGGAGAAGAAUCUCUCCUCCCUUCAACGCACAUCGCCUCUGGUGGGGGCAGGUGAACCUUCGUCGGCGAGUGCCGUGACACACGCUGCAAUAACCGUCCAAGUGACCCCAAGCGCGGUCCCCACCGACAGUGAUGCCGCAGCUGCCCCUGGGCAGGACUGCGUGCAAGAUCUGCCUCUACAGGCCCAAGAUGGUGAAUGGGGUGGUCUGGCGAUGCCAUCGGAAGACGCCAUACUCCCGGCCCUUCCUAGUCCUCCACAGACGUUGGACGGAGAACUAAAACACCUUUCACUAGAAGCCACCGCCGAGAGACAUCUCGGCUCUUCUUCUGGCCUCUCCUUCGCAAAGCUCACCCAGACAGUGCUCCGGAGGCUGACACCGGACAGAGCUGAUUUCGUUUUUGGCAACGAUGGAGAUCAAGGCAUGUUGGCACACCUUAAUAUUGGCUCGCCGUCGGACCUCUUGAAUUCGCCCAUGUUUGACAAUUUGGGAAUAUCCAUGCCAUGUGAUCCAGCGUGGGUCAACGACUUUGUCUUCAACGAUAUCACAGAGCCAGAUCAUCAGUUGUCCAACCUGAGUAUUCCAACAGACCAGUCACACAUCAAUAGCCUCAUCGACUUUUACUUUGCUCACUCGCACACUCUCUACCCUGUUGUUGAUCGUGCCGAGGUUCUGUCGACGCUUCGCUGCGUCCGUGAGGAGCCGCAAUCGUCUUGGGCCCAGUCGCCGCUGUGCUUGUUCAGGAUAUGGAUGGUGCUGGCUAUUGGUUCAACAGCAUACUGCUCCAUAUCUCUGGCUGAUGAGUCCGAGUCGAUGCUAUACUACAACAAAGCUCUUACGUAUUUCGAGCCAGCUCUUGGACUCGGGGAUAUGGCUGCUUUGGAAGUCAUUAUUUUACAAGUGUCCUACUCCUUUUUUAACCAACUGGGGCCGAGAAUGGCUGCCCGGAUCGCCCUCGGCAUGGGCCUCCAGUCGUCCUCAUCCUGCGAGGGACUGCCCUUCGACGUGAUUGAGAAACGCAAGCGAGUGUUUUUCUCCCUCUAUAUGAUGGAUCGCGUGGUAUCAACCGCCCUCGGUCGACCGUUUGCAGUCCACGACGACGAUAUCGAUAUACUGCCUUUCGCGCCAGUUGAUGAUGAAAAUAUAAAGCCCGAUGGGAUCCGGCCACAGACAUGUCUCAACCCUUCAAUCAUGGCCAUUCCUCUUCAUAUCCUGGCCCUGCGGAGGAUCUCCAGCAAGAUCAACAGACGAGUCUACUCCAACCCGGACACGCCUCGGUUGACACUUGCUGAGCGAGAAGAGAUCAUUCGGUCUCUCCACAAGGAACUGAUCCAAUGGCGUCGAGAUAUGCCGUUCCCUCUGCCCAAGGUCGACGCCCAGGUGCCACAUCUGACGAGCACCUGGUACGAUUUCAACUACUAUACCCAUCUUGCCAUGCUCUAUCGGCCAACACCCCUGUUCCCUACUCUCGAUCAGACUCGGAUUAAAACGCUCGCAGAGGCAGCAUCCUUGUCGAUCCGGCAUGCCUCUAGUAUGCACCAGCAAGGCAGAUUUGCAUUCAACUGGCUGAACUUUCUCGCUUUAUAUACUUCUACCAUUUCUCUUGUCUACUCUGUUACUGCACAGCCAGAUGACCUCUGCAAGGUUCUGGAAGAGACAAGGGCAACCGACGACUUGCGCCUCUCGAUCGAGUUGUUUGAUACUCUGGGGAUCAAGUUUAUCACGGCGAGGAAGAUUAAAGCCAUUUUCAGCAAGAUCGUAGAGAAAUAUGAGGAUUAUCCGACUACAUAG